GAGAAACAAACAGUUUGCAAAUCACUUGCAAAUAUGAAAGUACCUGAUGGUUACUCGUCUAACAUCAAAAACUUGGUGAAUGAGACUGAAUUGAAACUAAUGGGUCUGAAAUCACAUGAUUGUCAUGCGUUAAUGCAACAUCUACUUCCAAUUGCCAUUAGAUCAGUCUUGCCAAAAAAUGUUCGAGAGUGUUUGACACAUGUUUGCAUUUUCUUUAAUAGGCUGUGCGGGAAGGAAUUAGAAUUGGAUAAGUUAGAUGCAUUACAUGAACAUGUAGUCAAAACAUUGUGCAACCUGGAAAAGUUUUUUCCGCCAUCUUUUUUCGACAUCAUGAUCCAUUUAAUGGUUCAUCUAGUGAGAGAAGCAAGGCUGUGUGGGCCGGUGUGGGCGAGAUGGAUGUAUCCAUUUGAAAGAAAUAUGAAGGUACUUAAAAGUUAUGUGCGUAACCACUAUCGGCCAGAAGCAUGUAUGGUUGAGUGCUACAUAUCUGAAGAGGCUGUGGAAUUUUGUUCAGAGUACAUGGCUGGAGUUGAGGCAAUAGGAAUUAGCAAACCAAGAACUGACCCAGAUGAUGUUGAUAGAGGAUUAAGGGGCAAAGGGACAAUGGUCACAGUGUCCAAGCUUGAACUAGAUCAAGCUCAAUUAGUCGUGAUGAACAAUAACGCAGAGGUUCAACCAUAUAUAACUGACCAUAUGGAGCUGUUACAAUCAAUGGUUCCAAGAAAUCAAAAAAAUAAACAAAAAUGGGUUGCAGACCAACAUCGUCAAACUUUCAUUGGGUGGUUAAGGAAUACCAUUAUAGCAAAGUUGAACGAACCGAAUCAUGGAGUAUCUGAUGUGUUGAGUAAAACAUUAUAACCGAAUCAUUGGGUGGUUAAGGAAUACCAUUAUAGCAAAGUUUAUCGACACCAGAGAGGAGGUUCUUAGAGACUGAAGAGGAUGAGGAGAAUGCUGACUUAUGUUACGAUGACUUCAUUGUUGGACAACCAAUUCAUGAGCAACUCAUGGGAAUUGAUCGUAACAUUGAGGAAGACGACGCUGAAUACAUUAGAAACGAUAUCAAUGAGGGAAUAUGGGUCAAUUGUGAUUCAGGCAAACAUAAACAAAAAAAGAAAAGAAAACGUGUCUAAUUGGUAACUUGAUAUCUUCAUUACUUUAUAUUGUGGUUGUGAAUGGUCCUGAAUACUUAACAAUUUGUUUAUGCUUUUAAUAUUUCAUAUACACUACUUGUUAUAUAUGUAGCUAACUUUGAUGUUUGUUUGUUAAUGGUGUAGACAU